CAAAAACGCGUUGUUAAGCAUUUGCAUAAUUCUGAUAAUAGUUUUAGCUGUAAAUUUUGUACUGCUGAUAUUUUUACUGGUAAGAUCAGCAAGUUUAUACAGAACUUUGGAAAAUUACGAAAUACGAUAUCGAAUGAAUCAAAAUCGAACUGACUUUAAAAGCUUGACAAGCAAUAAGAUCAUCGUAGGACCAAAACUUACACCUUUAAAAGAAAAGAUUGAAUUAUAGGUUUGUCACAAUGGCGUCAGUACAAUUUCUAUCAGCCAUAUUUCUAUGUUUAAUAUGUCUGAAUUCAUUGUUAUUAUGUUUCAAUCUUUCAUAUUCGAGUUUCUUACGUCACAGCGGAGAAAUAGGUAGACAAAACUGUUUGGAUGCCCGGUCGGAAAAUAAAAGUAUCAAAGUAAAAAGAUGCUCAACUUGUGAACGUGAAAAAAUAAUUUUUCUGGGUGCCGUCAUCAAAAUUGUGGAUGACGAUGAUAUUCUACAAUGUGAGUGCACUAUAGUGAACGAUUUUUGGGCAGUUACAACCACAUCUUGCAUAGAUUUAAUAGAAGAAGACUUUAAUUUAUUUCACAUCACCUCGGGGUCACUAAAAUGGCAAACAGGAAACAAACAUUUCAUCCGUAGAAUAUUCAGCCACGAAAAUGGGCUAAUCAAGGAAUCAAUUUCGCUGAUUAAAGUCCACAAUCCGUUCGUCAUAUACCCAGAGCAGUUAAUAAUUCUGCAAAGAGAAUGGUCCAAUAUAAAUUCAAAUUCAAUACAGCUGUAUGGUUGGAGUCAUUACAGAUCUCUUGAUAGCGAUUUUAGUAUGAUUUCAAACGAGAAAUGCCGUCUUACGUAUGAGAAAUUCCACGGAAAUGUUUCGCUUUUGAAUACAUUUGAUGAUGACGUUUUUUGCAUGAAUUUUUGCCAGUACCACAUCGGCAAUCCUCUGGUCGAUAAUGGUUUUUUAAUCGGUUUGUCAUCGAAUUUAAAUGUAGAAUGUGCUGAUAAUUUUUUACCAGGAAAAUAUUUAAAAAUAAGUUAUUAUUAUGAUUGGAUAGUUAAUACUAUGAAUAUUAAUUGAUUCGGUUUUUUUAUCGUAUUUAUUAGGUCAUUGUUUUGUUAAUAAUUUAUCAAAUUAUGCUGUGGUCUAAUUUGAUAAACUAAUUAAUAAACAGGUUUUUAGUAAAUGAUUUUUUAAC